AUGACACGCCUUCAGACUCUUGCAUUGCCUAUGCUGGCUCUUAGUCAGGUGACAUCCCAACGCGUUUCCAGCGCCUUAGGCUGGAACUUCGAAAGUCCAGUUUGUAAAGGAGACCAUCAGUCCCCGAUCAACAUUUUUCUGCCGAACAUUGACAAUGUCAAAGUCUGGGACACCGAAAAUCCUCCACUUCAAUUCGACGGUGAUUGUGAUGAAUCUAUCAUUAAGAAAUUGGAAAAUUUGUACAAGUGGGAGAUUCAAGGCGAUGAUAACUGUACAGCCAAGUCGACAGACGACGAGAAGGAGUAUUCAUUGCUACAAUUUUACUUGCGCUUGACAUCAGAGCAUACGAUUAACAAUGAACGUUAUGAUGCUGAGCUUCAAUUUGUUCACAAAUCAAUGGAUGGAAGUGGCAAACAAUUGGUCAUUGGGGUCUUACUUCAAGCUGUGACUGUCGCUCAGCCGAAUGCAUUUAUUCAGAACCUCCUAACAGACAUGGAAAAUUUCCCUGCGGAUCUCGACAAGAGCGAUGUCAAUUAUGCUGAACUACUAAACGAACUCGUGAAAACGACUCAUCUAGUCAACUAUAGUGGAAGUUUAACCACGCCUGAGUGCACCGAAAACGUCGACUGGUGGGUCCUUUUGAACCCAUUUGCAAUCUCGCUCGUCGACUUGCAAAGAAUGAAAAUGCUUUACAAUAUGCUUCCUCAGUCUUCAAACGUCCGCCCCAUUCAACCUCUAAACGAUCGUGACAUUGUCUUUUACUUCCGCCAAUCUUAA